AUGGCUUCUCUAAAGCACUUGUUUCUUCUUUUGUUAGAAAAACUGCGACAACUUCUUCACCCAGAGUAUAAAAAUCUUGUCGUUUCAAAGAUAUGCAGUGGCCAAAAUGAAACAAUUGAUCUGUGCAAGACAAAUGGCUUUCCUUAUGGCGGUGAUGUUGAUUCUUGUUCUACCUUCAGAUCCUGUAACCACAUAUGCAAUCAGUCAAGCUGUCAAGUUAUAUCCAAGUUUGGUCGGCACUACUUCAUCAGUGCCAGUACUGAUGUGAAAGACUACAGCAUGUUCUACAUUGGGCAGGAGAGCCCGACGCUAACUAACUUUAUGAUGACAUGGAAUCAAUGUUCGUUUUGCUCAUUUGAUCCAGUGAAAGGGGUCGGGAGACAAGAAACUCUGAACGUUAACAGGGCAUUGAUGAAGCGAUACUACAUGAUUGAACGAGCCAAGGAUGCUCAAGUUGUAGGAAUUUUAGUGGGGACUCUUGGUGUUGCUGACUAUCUUUCUACCAUAGACCAUCUUAAAUCAAUUAUCAAGAAGGCUGGAAAGAAAAGCUACACCUUUGUAAUGGGUAAACUGAAUGCUGCCAAGCUGGCUAAUUUCAUGGAAGUUGAUAUAUACGUGCUUGUAGCCUGUCCAGAAAAUUCUUUGCUGGAUUCCAGUGAAUUUUACAGGCCCGUUAUAACACCAUAUGAGAUGGAGGUUGCAUGCAAUCAAGCAAGGGAAUGGACUGGAGAGUACAUUACUGACUUCAGGGACCUACUUCCAGGUGCUUGCAGCCAUAUUGAAUUUCCAGAUGAGACCUUCAAUAGUGGAGAGACUGAUAUCUCACUAGUGACUGGAGCCUUGCGAGCAGCACACCUGCCAAAGUCAGAGUGGCAAAACAAAGCAUCAAGCACAUCAUUGAUCCACAGGAAUGAGGCUUUAGCAAUUACCCAGCCACACUCAGCAGCUUCAUUCCUGGCAUCUAGGAGCUGGCAAGGCCUGCAGCAGCAACUAGGGAAGACGUCUGUGUCAAAAGCAGCAGUAGGUCAGAAAGGAAUUGCAAUUGCCUAUGAAGGAGAAGCCACAAGUUGAAGGAACUGGAAUUGGAAGUCAAUUGUGUGAGCAAAUGUGUUGAAAUCAAAAUUUCAGGAUAAUAGGCUAAUAAGAUUUAUUAAAGAUUUUUUUUUUUUUAAAA